AUGUCAGCUACUACACAAACGCAGCCACCAUCCUCCUUCGAGGCCUAUAAUUUAACACCCCUGGACUGGGUCAAUCUACCUAUCCACGUGCCUGUUGCCUUCGUCUUCACUCCUGCCAGCAUCCCAGCAGGGGUUGAAGCACUCGAGCGCGGCAUCUCCCGUCUAGUCACACAACUCCCGUUUCUAGCUGGCAAUGUUAUCCUGAAUCAAGGCAACGGGGGUGUCGUGAGGCCGCCUAGUGGCAAACUUUUAGAAGAAAAUCCUAUGAUCCGCACAGAGGUUCAUCUUAAGAGCAUUUCUGUUCUCCACAAGCCUAAUUAUGGCUUCAAUGACGGCAUUUCCAGCGACUCUUUCCUCCCGAUCCCGAUAUCGCUACAGUCCCAGAAUAACAGUCCUGUCAUUCGAUUCUGCAUCAAUGUCAUGACUGACGGGCUGAUACUCUGCGCCUCGUUCCACCAUGCCACCAUGGACGGGUUAGGGGUGAUGAACGUGAUAAGGAUGAUAGGAAUGUGCUGCGCGAGCCACGACAUGCCCCGUCUACCCGUAUCUUCUCACACCGAGGCCUCUGUCCGAAGCCGGGUGUUGAAUAUCACAACCAGUGGAUCUUUCAUGGACAUGGAAAGCUACGGUCGGCAUCACUGGUCGCACUUGCAUCUUACCAGCUGCGAGCUCCAGUUUCCGUCCAAAAGGAUCCGCCAGCUAGGAAAAGUUUGCAAUGGUGUCCUCAGCCAGUUGAUUCCGGAGAAGCAGGCGAGUCAAGAUGAUACAAGGAAGGUUAAUGAGCUCUCGACUAGCGACGUGUUCUCCGCACUGCUGUGGCUUUGUGGGACACGCGCUCGUUCCGGAGCUCGCUCGCGAUCAGCUUCAAGUCCCUAUACUACAGACACCACUCGCCUCUCGGUAGCAGUCAAUAUCCGUGGCGUCCUCAAACCACCCAUCCCAUUAAGCUAUCUCGGAAACGCAAUGGUCGUGGCAUCCGAUACUCAUGCGCGAGAUGAAAUGAGAGCCUCCGGGACCACCACCGCCACCUCCAUCGACAAAGACGAACUACGAUUACUCGCUAACCUCGCAUUCAAGAUCCGGCACAUCGUCCAGGGUGUUGACGACCAGUACGUCCGCCAAGUGAUGCAGCACAUCAAACAAAGCCAGGACCGCCAGGACGCAUCGUUCUACUUCCCAGAAACGUUCGUAACGAAUACGCGACUGCUGAAUCUGCACCGGUGGGAGUUUGGUCCGGAGCUGGGCAAGGUGGUGAACUUUGAACAUUUGAAAACGAGGAUCAACGGGCUCUGUUCGAUACUGCCGCGAUGUCAAGGGAAUGCUGAAGAUCCACCGUGGAAGGUUCGGGUUGUCUUGGAGCCUUUGGCGAUGGAGCGGUUGCGAGAGGAUGGACUAAUUCGAUGGGCAGCAGGGGAAGAACUCCCCUGUAAGUUGUAGAGAAUAGUCCCUCGACUCUUUCCUAAUUUGAACCGAGAGGGACCUAGAUCUGAGAAAACUGGGUCGGUUGAUAGAGAGUACUUUGAUUAGUAGUACUUCAUUCUUGAAUGGUUCAGGUCCGGCGAACCGGAAUUGGACGCAACGGGACGAAGUCAAACCUGGGAAUGGACUAAAUUGGAAAUAGACUUCUUGGGCCUUAGACUAGCUUUAUAAAAGAAGUUAGGAUACGAGCAGAUGGGCAGAAGCAUGCAAGCAUUCCCUCGACGACUUAGG